AUGGGUGGCUUGACUCUCCUACGGAUUUUCUUUGAAGUCAGUCGCCUGAUUGGACUGAGCAACCUGCACUACGAUCCCCGGAAGCAGUACUUCAGGCAUGACCAUGUGCCCACCAUUGCCUACUGUCUGCUCCUGGAUGUGGCCUACGUUUUGGUCCUGCCCUUCGCCACAGUCAUUCUGACAGGCAAUAUCUACAAGUGUCCGGACACGGGCAUGUUUGGAAUCGUCUACAAUGUGGUGGGCUUGGCGAAGCUGGUAACCGUCGUCCUCCUCAUGGGCAGUGUAUGGAUCCAGAGGCGCCGAUUACAGUGCCUGGGCAAUGAGCUCCUGGCCAUGCUCCGCAGGUUCAGCUUCUCGUUGGGAAAUGAUUGCCGUAACCGUUGCCUGUGGAAGCUCCUGCUUACAAGCUCCCGGUUUGUUGUGGUGGCGCAGCAGCUGAUGCUUCGGGACUCCCUCAUCAAAUGUAAAAUCAGUUCAAAGCUCCUAAGAGCUAUGGCUCCACUAUUUUCGGCUGCCAUGGUCUUCGCCCUUCUGAUGCUCCUCCUCGUAAGCUAUGUGGACCUCACGGUGUACAUGAUCCAGGUCAGCGGGAACUGGCUGCUGGAGAAUAUGUCUCAGAAUGUCCGCGAAAUGGUCCAGGACCUGAAAACUUUUCCCAAGCGGAAUGGUCGCAUCCGGAAAAUAGGGUUGAAGCAAGUGAUGGGCGCCUGGCAGCGUGUUUGGAAUAGAUGCCUGCGUUUGGAUAGAGUUCUCCAGCAGCUCUUGGAGAUCUUUCAGUGGCAGCUGCUCUUCAACCUGCUAACCACCUACAUCUUCAACAUAGCCAUCCUGUUCCGGUUGUGGAUCUACCUGGAGUACGAUCAGAACUUCCAUUUGUGGAAAGGCAUCCUUUCUGCGGUUAUGUUCCUCGUCCACCACGUUGAGCUCAUGAUGCAGUUUUCCGUUUUUGAAAUUAAUCAGAAAAAAUGGAAGGAGCUUUGUGACUCCAUAGAAAGACUUUGGUUUGUGACUUAUUCUGAUACCCAGUAUGAAAACCGACUGGAAUUGGUGUUCUCCAGGAAGCUGGAGUUUUCCCUUUUAUAUUUAAACCGGAAACUUCAGAGGCAACCUCAGAGGGUGCGGCGUCUUCACAUAGCAGGAUUGUUUGAUUUGAGCAAUUCUUCAGUUCAUAAAAUGACCCGAUCGGUCCUGAGCAAUGUCCUGGUGCUUUGUCAGAUUGCGUACAAGAUUUAUGGCUAA